AUGGGCGACGCUGAAUCGGCACACGUGUGCUUGUGCGUCACGCUGUACAACUUCCAGGGGCAGAACGACAAGGAGCUGUCGUUCACGAAGGGCGAAUACGUGAAUGUGUGCAAGAAGUUCUUCAACUGGUGGGGCGGCGUAAGCUCCAAGGAGGGCCGCAGCGGCUACUUCCCCAGCAACUACGUGCAAGACAUCCGUGACAAGCAAGAGGCGAAGAAGCUGUUGGCUCUCUACCCCGUAUUGUUGAAGCCCUGGGAAGCGCCGAGCGAGGAGGGCGACCACAUGGUGUCUGCCACUGCCGGACUGGUCUUCACCCGAGGGAAGGACGCCCCUACCGACGGUACUCCUCUAUUCACUGUGUUGAAGAAGCAAAGAUGA